CGUCAUCAAAAUCAGACAAUCCGCCGGCUUUUUUGUAAACAAUUAAACACAGAACCCCGUGCGUUUUUCAAAUUGCUUUUUGGUGUUUAUUUUCUCCUAAACGAGUUGUAAUAACUUAACUGAAAUAAAAAAGGUUUCAUCAUUCUUGCAUUAUUUCGUGUCUGCUUCUCCACAUCUGCAAGAACAGCCAGCAGAAAUAUGAGUGUCGUUCCAAAGAAAAUCGGCACCCACAACGGAGUUUUCCACUGUGACGAGGUUGUUGCCUGCAACCUGCUGAAGAGAUUGCCAGAGUACAAAGAUGCAGAAAUCGUCAGAACCCGAGACCCAAAAGUUUUGGAAACUUGUGACAUUGUGGUUGACGUGGGAGCAAUUUACGAUCACGAGAAGAAGAGAUACGACCACCACCAAAGGGAGUUCAAUGAAACUCUGAAAUCAAUCCGUCCUGACAAGCCGUUUGAAAUUAAACUGAGCAGCGCAGGUCUCGUCUUCUGCCACUACGGAGAACAAAUUCUUCGAGGAAUGAUCGGCAAGGAAAAUGAAAGUCUUCUGGAUAUUUUGUACAACAAAAUGUACGAAACAUUUGUCAUGGAAAUUGAUGGCAUUGACAAUGGUGUCAACAUUUGUGACGGAGAGCAACGCUACCAGAUCCACACAAACCUGAGCUCAAGGGUGGGCCACUUGAACCCUUCGUGGAACGAGACUGACUUUGAUGAAAACGCCCUUUUCCGAGCUGCCAUGGCCAUGGUUGGCGCAGAGUUUGACGAACGCGUCCGCUAUUACUCCACAGCUUGGUGGCCUGCACGUAGCAUUGUCCAGGAGGCGAUCAACAAGUGCCUGAACUCCUCUGACCCCAAGCUGAAGCAAAUCGCCAUCUUCGAUCAGUGCUGUCCUUGGAAGGACCAUUUCUACUCCAUUGAAGAAGAGAUGCAGAUUGAGGACAAGAUCAAGUUUGUCAUUUUCGAGUCUUCCGACAAGCAGACCUGGCGUGUCCAGGGCAUUCCAAAAGGCAACGCCCGCUCUUUCGUUCUCAGGCUGCCUCUGCACGAGAAAUGGAGAGGAGUGCGAGACGAGGACCUGUCGUCAAUUUCAGGAAUUGAGGGAUGCGUCUUCGUCCACGCCAGCGGCUUCAUUGGAGGUAACAAAACUCUAGAAGGGGCUAUUGAAAUGGCUUGGCAGACUAUUGAAAAGUCCAAAACUGAUUAAAAUGAAACCAAAAUAAAUUGAAGGCGAGCAAUUUUAUAUUCGAGGAAAUUUUUAUUCGUCAAA